GCUGGAAGUGUUUUUUUUCAUUUGUUGCUGAAGCAAGCUUGGUGCUUGCACAGACGGGCUUUGCACUCAACCUUCCGACAGGAAAGUUGCCUUGCAGUUUGUCUCACUGCCAGAAGAAAGCUACAUUCUGUCUUGAGGCGCUGUGGGUAUGCCCACAUGGGCAAUUUGCUUGCGCAAGGGCCAUAGGCCUUCAAUGAACGCCCAACGCCCCACCUCCAUUUAAUGGACUGCCAUGGAGGUGAGGCUGCUGAGAUGUUUGAAUGACACUUCAAGCAUGCUCAUGGAAUCAACUUUGUCCAACAAGCUCCCCUGUGAAGCAGGCUUGGGGCAGAAGUGUGAUAACAGUGCUGAACACAUCCGAAAACAGAGACAGAGAGAGAGAGAGAGGUGUGCCGAUUAUGUGCCGAGCAAGAGAGAGGGAACAGAGUCGAUUCCCAACAAGGCUUAAGACAGGGGAGAUGAUCAUCUCGUGCCUUGGACUUGCUUGCGCACGUCGCACCUCCCAAUGUUUCGGCUCGAGUCUUUUUUUAGGACGGCAUUUUGCCCGAGGCCCAAGCAAUGUCUCGGAUCAUCGCAUGCGCGGCACUAGCCUUUAGCUUCGCCUCAGUUGCCGAAGCUGGCGCACUGCGCGGUCGCCAACUGCAACGGGACUCGAUGGAGACGAUGACUCCUCAGUGCAAGCCAGGCUAUGUGGACAUCACAGGGGGCCAGGCCUACCACUGGUCCUGCGGCUUUUAUUGCGAGGGCGGGCAAUACUUCAGCACUGCCAACUGCAUUUGUGCAUGCCAAACACCAGAGGUGGCAGAAAAGCUGCAAGAUGCUGUUCCAGCACCCUUGGAGACUCAGGCUCCGAUGCCCCUUCAGCCGGGAGGGAUCAUUGUGACAGCACCUCCGAGCCCUACUGCUGCCCCGUCCGUGCCGGUCCACGAGAUUCCAGUGGGCGAGCUUGGCGACACGAAUUGGAAUCCUCCUCCAACCCUCGGACUGGACUACAUGGGCGGUGUCCAGACUCCAGCUCCGCAACCAGCAGCAACCAAUACUCAAGAGAGCAUGGACUGGACGGUUGUUUUGUCGGCGAUCGGUGCUGCCUUGGUGGUCAUAGUUUGUGGGGUAGUUCUUUGUAUUAACUGGCCUGGCGACUGCCUGAAGCGCAAGCGAACAACAACUCCCUUCAAGUUUGCAGAGACACCCGCAGUGACCAUGCACGUGCCAAGCCAUGCGUGUCCGCAGCCCUUUGAGGUGCCCUCCCGCAGAUCCAGCCAGGAGUCUGCUUCAAGGGCCUUGAAGCCAGGAAUCUCCAAGCAAUCCGCGAACUCUUGGUGCUCCUCAGCUUCUGGCAGGCACCUAAAACCGUCCCGCCAGAGCAAUGCAAGCAAUGCGAGCGUCCAUUUGUCCCUUCCAGCCAGCAAGAACUCAUCCACAAGCGCCAGCAGUCGCGGAAGCAUUUGCAGCACCAGCGGUGUUGAGGGUGAACCACAGUGGGCCUUCAAGUGUCCACAGGACCACCUGCCCGCAAAAUUCCAGACACGGGCAGGCGGCAGUGGACGCAAGAUCGCGAAGGUGCAUCCUGCGCGAUUCGUGGUCCAAGAUGCAUGAUAUGUUUUGCUUUUUGUUCAGAACGAGCCAAGGCUGAAGCGAGCUUGAUGCUUUUUGCAGAGCUUUUCGCCACGGCCGUCCUCCAAGUUUUGUUUUGGUUGGUUCCGAAGAGGUGAUUGCAGCACUCGUUAAACUCUGUGCUCCGCUUCGUUCGGUUCCAGCUGAUUGAGCGAACUUUCUUCGUAGACUUUCCGCCGAUUCCAUGUGAAACUCUUCAAUUCUGAAACGCUG